CCCGCGGAGCCGGAGGCUGAGCUGGCAGUGGGCUGGCCACCAUGGAGUUGCCGCAGACGCCGGAGCUGAUGGGGCUGUCCCUGCUGCUCGGGCUGCUGGCUCUGAUGGCCACCGCGGCCGUGGCGCGGGGAUGGCUGCGCGCGGAGGACAAGUGCCGCCGGCCGGCCGACCAAAAGGCCAAUGGGGUGCCAGUGUCCAAGUCGGUCAGUUCCAAGAAGCAGAAGCAGCAGCAGACGCGGGGUCGCAAGGAGAAGCCCCAGCAACACAACUUCACCCACCGGCUCCUGGCUGCCGCUCUGAAGAGCCACAGCGGGAACAUCUCUUGCCUGGACUUUAGCAGCAAUGGCAAGUACCUGGCCACCUGUGCCGAUGACCGCACCGUCCGCAUCUGGAGCACCAAGGACUUCCUGCAGCGGGAGCACCGCAGCAUGCGCGCCAACGUGGAGCUAGACCACGCCACCCUGGUGCGGUUCAGCCCUGACUGCAGGGCCUUCAUCGUCUGGCUGGCCAAUGGAGACACCCUCCGGGUCUUCAAAAUGGCCAAGCGAGAGGAUGGGGGCUACACCUUCACCGCCUCCCCGGAGGACUUCCCUAAGAAGCACAAGGCCCCCGUCGUCAACAUUGGCAUCGCUGACACAGGGAAGUUCAUCAUGACGGCCUCCAGUGACACGACCAUCCUCAUCUGGAACCUGAAGGGCCACGUGCUGUCAACCAUCAAUACCAACCAGAUGAACAACACAUACGCCGCCAUAUCCCCGUGCAGCCGGUUUGUGGCUUCCUGUGGCUUCACCCCUGACGUCAAGGUGUGGGAAGUCUGCUUUGGGAAGAAAGGUGACUUCCAAGAGGUGGUGCGCGCGUUCGAGCUCAAGGGCCACUCUGCGGCUGUCCACUUCUUUGCCUUCUCCAACGACUCACGCAGGAUGGCCUCUGUGUCCAAGGACGGCACGUGGAAGCUGUGGGACACGGACGUGGAGUACAAGAAGCAGCAGGACCCCUACCUGCUAAGGACGGGCCGCUUCGACGAGGCCAGCACCCAGCCCUGCCGCCUGGCCCUCUCCCCGGACGCCCAUGUCUUGGCCCUGGCCUGCGGCAGCACCAUCCGCCUGUACAACACGCGCCGCGGGGAGGAGGAGGAGCGCUUCGAGCGGGUCCACAGUGAGUGCAUCUCCGACUUGGCCUUCGAUGUCAGCGGGCGCCUGCUGGCCUCGUGCGGGGACCGGGCCGUGCGGCUCUUGCACAACUCGCCCAGCCUCCGGGCGGUGGUGGAGGAGAUGCAGGGUCUGCUGAAGCGGGCCACCAGCGAGAGCACCCGCCAGCGGCUGCAGCAGCAGCUCUCGGAGGCCCAGGAGGCCCUGAAGAAGCUGGGUGCCCUGAAGAAGUGAUGGCCGGGGCGGGGCAGGGAGGCGCUGGCCGCCGCCGCCCCCCCCACCCGGCUUCCCAGGGGCUCCCCAGCUGGACACCUGAUGGAGUCUUUGAUCUGUUCAGCGCUGGGCCCGCUCCACUCUCCUUGGUCUACUGAAGUGACUCUUGCCCGCUUAGACUUCUCUUCUUGCUGGUUCACCUCUGGCCUUACAAAGGUGCUUAUCUUUCUCCUGGACAUCAAGGGGACGAGUCAGCUUCCCCGGGCGCCAUGGAGGCUGGCGAGGAGAAGAGCCAGCACCCGAUCUCUGACCUUGUGGUCCUAUGCCCUGGCACCCAAAGAAGUUUGUUAAUAGUGAAGGCCGAACCUGGAAGGACCUGGAUACAGACCAGCGCUUGGGCCAGCAAUUAACUGGGAGGGGGGUUUAUUUCCCAGGUCCAGAGCUGGCGGAGGCGGGGGGCGGGUGGAAUCAAGGAAGGACUCAUCUUGCCACAGCUCAUAGCUCCUUCCAGAAAGUAAUGAAGGCAUUUGAUCCGUACCUCGGUUUCCUUCUUUGUAAAAUGGAGACUCAUUUGCUGUGACCACCGUACAGAGACAUCGUGAGGGUAUGAGUAGAAAAGGCCCUCACUUUAGAAAGGUAGCAAAGAGGAGGGGGAUGACCCCAUACCCGUUUGUCCCACGUCAUGAAACAAGAGCGGGCAGUGUUGCUGGGAACAGAAUCCUAAGCAGAUGCCUCCCCGGGGAGAGGGAAGGCCCUGGGAUUCCAUCACACGGUUUAUAGCAGGUUCUGCUUCAGGCUGUGCGCAAGGGUGGGUUUUCCGCUUCCAGAAGAGAACCCGUCCGAGGAGAGCGGGCUGGUUCCCGGAGCAGCUGGGGCUACUCUAGCCAGCACAGGCUUCCGGAGAGAUGAGUGAGCCGAGACAUUCUAUCAGACAGCAGAUGGGGGGAAGGGCUGUUUCCUUGCUAGCUUCUCCACUGCUCCAAAAGAUUCACUGGAUGGGCUAGAGCGAUAGCACAGCGGGUAGGGCGUUUGCCUUGCACGUGGCUGACCUGGGUUCGAAUCCCAGCAUCCCAUAUGGUCCCCUGAGCACCGGCAGGAGUAAUUCUCGAGUGCAUCGCCGGUGUGACCCAAAAAGAAAAAAAAAAUUCACUGGAGACUGAGGCAGUGAGUGUGAAGUGCACGGGCAGUUUAGAGAGGAGGUUAGUAUUUGGGCGUUGGACUGGACAGUGGGUUGGCCAUGGACCAGAGGGAGAUGAGGAUUUCCGGGAGAGCCAAGUCUAGACACAGUUGAUUUGUCCAGAAGCAAAUUCUUCUCCGUCUAAAACCAGCGCCUCCCUAGUCUUCCUCAGCCCUUCCAAAUCUUUGCGUGAGCCAUAGCCUUGGAAUUCUCCGGCAUCCUCUGCUCAUACCCCGCCCCAAAUCUGCUGCUUUGCUCCAUGUUUCCUGUCCCCCGCCUGCCCCUGGCCAUUGUCACUGGCUUCAGUGCUCUGCCUGCUCGCUCCUGCACUCACUGUUCUCGGGGGUAGGCCAGAGGGAAGCCAGAGGCCCUUGUUGCAGAGGCUUCCCAUCACACUUAGAAUAAAACCCAGAAUCCUCACCCUGACCGCCAAGCUCUGGCGUCUUCUUCACACCCAGCAGUGUUUAGGGCUUGCCCCUGGCUCUACGCUCAGGGAUCCCUCCUGAAGGCUCACGUAUAUAGUGCCAGGGAUUGAAGUUGUGUCAGCUGUGCGCAAGACAGAUGCGCUACCCACUGUGCUCUCUCUCCGGCCCCUUCCUCUAGAUCUUGUUAUCAGGCUCCCAGCUGGCCCCCAGCACAAUCCUUAGUGCUCUCCCUCCCCCAAAGUUGGUCCUAGCCUCAGCCUAGCACCUCUGCUCUGCUGUUCCCUCUGCUUAAAAGCAUUUGCUUUCCUGUUGGCUGCGAGUCAGGCUCGUUUAACUAGCUCUCGGGUUCAGUGGCAAUGCGGAGAUCCUCCCCGCACCCAGUCUGAAGCAGCCCCGGCUCUGUUCCCUCGUGGCAUUGCUUUGGCAUGAGUUUCAAGCUGCCGGAAGUGAGCUGGGAGGGAGCUCCUUUGCAUAUUUGUGUGUUCCGGGCGGUUCAGCCUAAAGUCUAAGACCUUAGGACAUAGUGGAGGACGAAGGUGGUUAGGGGUGUGGGUCUGCUCUAGGGGUGCCUGUGAAGAAUCCUCAGCAUGUGACUUUUCAAUCUAAGGAGUUAGAAGUGGGUGAUAUUUUAAGAAAAAAAUAUUAAGCAUUAAUGAGCCAAGCACUUAUGCAAUAAGCACUUGUUGCCCACUGGUCUCAAAGGCAGCCUUGGGGUUCACUGAGCCUGGGAAUGGGCGGCCCGCCAGGCAGGUCCCCACCAUCUGUUCUGCGCUGUAAGCCAUGGCCGGUUGCUGUGAGGGGGGGGGGGUCCCCACCAUCUGACUGUGUGGUGCUAACCCAUUGGCAGGCUGUCGGGAUGGGGAUGUGUGAGUGUUGCUGUCAUUGUUGCUGUUCUCACCUUGACUUUGUGAAUUUGUGCCACCAGCAGACUUCUGGCUGGUCAGGCCCUGCACAUGGGUUCUGGUGAGAAUUGCUUUCGGCUCGUCCGGAGAGUCGCACCUCUGCUUCUCUGCUUGGCUCUGGCUUUAUUCUCUCCGUGAAGGGGCGAGGAAGUGGGCUCAGAAUGUUGAGUUACUGAAGUCCGCCGUCCACUGGGUCGCACUCUGACACCCUGAGCACAACUGACCUCCCUGACUCUCUUUCCUCAUCUGUAAAAUGGAAAUAAAUCUGGUCCUUGCGGGGUGGGGCGUGGAUGGUGAGUUUCUAAGAAGAAAGGAAGCAGGAUGCAAAAAGCCAUUCCAGAAGGUUCCUAAGCCUGGAGCAUAGUGGGCGCUGAAGGCAGGGCAGAGACUGCUGCCUUUUCUAAUCAAACGUGUUGUCAAUACAGUAGUGUUAAUUUUUUAAUAUUUCAACUUUCGUAGGUUUGAAAUAUUUCCAAAUAAAUAGCUGGGGUAAUGU